CGAUCGAAAUAACCAAAUAUGAAAGAGUAGGAAUAAAGAACAACAUUUAAGGCGUUUCAUAGCAUUUUUUAAUUAACAAACUCAUAGUCUAAUAUUGAAUUAGAGGAGGCCAAUCGCGAUGGAUCUUCUUCUGUCACACGGUGCUUUGUGUAGAAAUUAUAUCAUUACAUCUUUUGUUUUUUAUAAUUAUAUAAAUGUUCUAUUUUUGAAUUCCAAAAUUGCUGAGAAAUAUUUUCACUCUAGAAGUCUAUGCUUAUUUAUUGUUGUUACUUUACAGAUAUUGGAUGCGGUAAUACACAUCCAAGGGAAAUGGUUAGCAUAUGUGUGUGUGAGUUCAUGA